CGAAAAUCCUGCUAGUCCUUCCCAAUCACGCGUUCUCACAUAUGGUUGUGGCUAGAGACUCAACUUGCAGGCAGCAAACGUGGUAAAUAUAAAACUCCAUCCAUGGAGAUUGGUCGAUCGAUCCAACGAGUGAUUUUGAGGCGGGGGGCAUGAACUCUUGAUGUGGAGUUCGCGCAUCCUGGGCCAUCAACCGACAGCAGAACAUCCAGUCUGAUCCAGACCAGGGAUGCGAGGGCUAGGGUAGGCUAUUUGGCCUAGCGCGAAGACAACCUUCCAGUCUCAGCCUUUGGGAUCACCCGGAGGAAUCCUGGCUGAGCUGAAAAACUACCUGCGACUUGGCCGCUAGUGUUAUUUUAAGCUAUGGAAUGGGCCGCAUGGCCAUCCUGUCACUAACAGAUUUUGGGAUUUCCUGGAUUUUCGAUAACUGCUUGCAGGCUUGUUAGCAAAAUUCUCGUCUCUUGACGUGUUUGUUCUUACAUUGCCACAGUGGGAAUUAAAAGUUUUUGCUUGCUUCCCUUGCGUCAGUAAGAUUUGGCGGCUUCGAAAAAGGGCACGGGAGAAAAUCCUGCUUUGUAUUCGCCUCUGACAAAAGUGCAUUGAUGGCCAUUUCUUCUGUAGACGUUGGUCAUCCUGCUCCUCCCGCACUGCUGGUGAUUACGAGCUCAUGAACGUGCUUUAGCCCGCCCUGGCCUAAUAAUGAUGUGGAAACAGCUAUGUUGGUAGAUUGUCUGAUGAGCCAUCCAUUAUUGGCAGGAUGAAGCAAUUGCCAGUUUCUUGUAGACGAGGAGCUGAUGGCGUUGGUUGGACUGAGCUGACCCUCCAAUACGUACUGCGUAGAGCAGAUCGGAGCAGUUAGAUCAAAGCUUAACCCAAGAUAGCCCAUCUCCAGCAUGAAGCUUUCCUCGAAGUUGUUCUAGCAUCCACCUUCGGCGAUGCAGGUGGGUGGGAAUCAGCUCCACGUUGCAGUUAGUUACCCCUCCGCCAAGUACGUCAACCCGCCAGUUUGGGAAAUUGGGGGAUAAGACGGUGCAGCUUUUUGAGAUUAGCUAGAUAGCUGUUCUUUUUCUGCUUUUAGCAUAUACCUGGGGCAAACAGCAGCUUGCCAUGAAAGCCAGACGCUGGUCGGCGCUGUGUUGGUUGGCUGAAGUGGAUGUGGGAUUGCAGACGGCGGCGGCGAACUUCUACUGCUUACGGAGGAUUGGAUAAGUUUUAUUCAGUUUCAUUGAAAUGUAGGUAUAAUAAGAACCCCUGACACCCUCACCCCUUGCCAUUCAUCGCCGUUUGUCUUUCGUUGUUUCGGGUCAGCUUCGCAGGUGUUGUUGUGUUUGGAACGUUCGUCAACCCUGCGCAGGCUCCGCCCCUUUUUCCAUAACGCAUCAUCGGUCAGGUCCAUGGCAGGGACAGGAUGAAAUAAUCAUCAUUCGCAAUUAAAAUCGAACCAUUGUAUCUCAAUUGAAAGGAAUCAAUUUAUUUUCUUUUCUUUUAGUCGUCUUUUAAUUUUGUUUUAAAAUCUCAAUAUCCAUGGCCCCGACAAAUGAAACGCAGCGCCCCCAAGCGCUUCCUACCCUCCCAUCAUAUUUAUACAUCCUUAUACCAGUUUUCGUCCUAAUAUCCAUCGCGUCUAUUAAACGCCGUAAGAAAUCACGAUUUCCUCCCUCCGGUAACACAAAACAUAAAGUUUUUGCGCCAAAAUUUUCCGAGAAGCCCAUCACCACCGACGAGGAGAAUGCAAACUCCAUCGCACAAUGUGCCACCAGAAAGACGUUACCUGGGCGUCAAGCUCAACAACCUGAGUCCAACGUAUGUAUUUCAGGUGAUCCAUCUAAAAUGAAGUCUCCUGAAGAAAACGCAACCCGAUCAGCAACACUUCUUGACGCACAAGCCCAGCACUGGCAUCAACUUCCCAAUCAUCAGCCGAUGCUUCUAGCUCAACAAUCCCCAAUUCCACCCGAGCUACCAAGGCGAAACUCUGGGGAUUCGCCAGGCCCUCUUCAGAUGCUACCACCGACACCUCACUGGCAACCUGAGGAAACCGCUUGUCUCGCUGACAAUAUGAGCAAAGCACAUCCACAUCCACAUCCACAUCCGCAUCCGCAUCCCUUGGGUUCUCCGGUGAGGCAUAAACAGCCUGUCGAUUUCCCACAGGUUCAAAGUGAGGCGGUUCAGUUUUACCCCAGGGCGGGACCUGAUAAGCGUCAGGCCUGGAGACGGAGAAUCCUCGAGUGUAAUUAAGAAUAGGAGAAGUUCACCCAAGUUGUAUAAUUUCCAUCAUCUCUUAUUUUUCUUGAUAUCCAUUGGGAGGGAUUUUGCCGCGGGCCAUUUUCUAGAUAUUUUCCUUACGAGAUGUUCUUGCUUUUUAAUGACGUUCCUUACCGUGACCAUAGUCGACGGAAACAAAUAAUGUCUUUCACGGCGCCUCCAAAACUGAGAUGGCGAACUUGAAAUUAAAAACAAUGAUUGUUAAAAUCUCUUGAAAAUCUCUUAAAAAAUGAACAAUUUAUCUUCACCUUCUGUCACCAUCUCUAUUCCUGCAGUGCUAGGGCAUGCAGAAACUCCGGUUCUGAUCUCCAGGGUCCGCAUCGUCAGGAACAGGGCAAGGCCUCAUAGGAAAUAGGAGCAGCACAUUCCGUAUAUUAGCUGAGUUGAAG